AUGUUGGGCAUUUCUGGCUUCGGCUUGGGCGAGUCCACGCCGCUGGUAUCAAGCGAGGCCAGAAGCCACUGGCGAGAGGCGACGCACGCUGUUUCCUUCAAACACGGGGGUGAAGUAAGACCAUGGUGUGAUGCGGCGCAACACUACAUACGUUCCGUUUUUCGUGUAGGUGGGCUGAACAUUUGCAUAGUUGAGGUGCGAGUCUCGACAGACUCCCGGCUGAGCCGUUGCUUCCCCAGGUUUUUUCCCCCAAAGCUACACUGCGAGUCUGCUCUUGCUCUGAUGCGAGAGGGCGGAUUGCACGUUAUCGCUGACGUGGAUGGGGUGGCAGGGUCGUGCUUGUUGCGUGUCAUUACGGGCGCUGCCUUGUGCGCGGCCGGGACUGUUCUCGCAAAUGGUGUGCCUGUCGAGGCGGGAGUAUUUCGCAAGGCGGUUGGCGUCGUUACCACAGUCGAGGCCUACAUGCCGAACCUGAGUGUGGAGGAGAACAUAAACUUCGUAGUUUCACUGCGGACAAAGGUGACUGGAGCGGCAAGGGAGGUGCUGGUAGAGGCCGCCUGCGUUCUUACGGAUUUGGAUCGCCGCAAGGCUGCAAAGUUACUUUCGCCUUCGGAGGCGUUUCGUCUUCGUCUUGCGAUGGAAAUAGUCAGAGAUCCUCCUGUUCUUGUUGCCUACUACCCCUUUGAUCACCUGGGGCCUGUAGAUGCCUCAGAGUGUAGUGCCGUCUUGAAACGGCUAACAACGGUGCUGGAAAAAACGGUUAUUAUUUCAACGACGACGCUUGCGGCUCACUUGUUUGAGGUCACGGAUACAUUGUUGUUGCUUGGGCGUGGGGGAGGCGUUCUAUACUCCGGUGAGGCUGCUACUAUGCCGUCGUACUUCAAUGGCCUUCGUCUUUCCUUGACUCCGUCCUCUACCCUGUACGGUGGGGUUGGUGUGCCACGAGAUGCUAGCCCGUGUUACAGCAACGCCUCAACCCCAAGCCGAGUGACUGUUUCUCCCUCGUCGACACGAGGGAGCAGCUACAAUGAGCACGGCACGCCUCACAUUUCUUCCUCGCUAGCAUCGAGGAUGGAGGAAUUGAGGGCUGCGGCGAGCAGUGCCUCUGUUUCAUGCGGGGAUGACGCUUUGGACCUUGCCACAGUUUGGGCGGAGUCCCAAUCUGUGUCUGCGUUUUACACUUCUAACUACUACAACUCACAUCUGCGUCGUCGCUUGUUGCAGACUAUUACGCGUUAUUCUAACCCACCUGAACAGAUGUCUGAUGUGACACCAUUCACGAGUACAGCACCUCCUCAGUACGCAGUGCUAAAAAUAUUUCUUCUUUGGUGGUAUGAUGCUAUGCAAACCUGGCGGGAUUCGGAAUUUUACGUUCAGCUUGCCUUCUUGUCGCUAGGACUGUUGUUGAUCUUGUUGCUGUUGCAGAACCAGAACGAUGACCAAUGGGGCAUGUAUAAUAUUAGGGGCAUUCAAUUUGUUCUCUUCCUCCUUACAAUGCUGGCUAAUACAACAACUAUGGGUGAUGUGAAUCACCAACUGCGUCUUUUUUUUAUUCAACGCGAAAACGGACUCUAUGGCACAGCCUGCUUUAUGAUAGUGUUUGUUCUCCGUACCGUGUUUGUUCGGGUGCUGUACUUGGCACUUUUUAUCCCAGUUGUGAGAUAUAUGUUGAGGAUGAGCUACACGUUUUUUCUGCUUCUCGGUGCCUUAAGCGUCACACAGGUGUUGCUGCACUUCACAGUGCAUGCAUUGGUGCCGCGUAAUCGCUGGGCAUUGUUGCUGCUUCGGUUAUAUCUAGGGUACAGUGUCAUUUUUUGUGGAUUCUUGCUGAACCUGACGACGAUGCCAUCGGUGGUUGGGAAGACGAGUAUACUUCGUUGGAGCUACGGUGCUGCGCUGGCGCAGAGACUGCGGGACAUGCCGUUUAGCUGCGACGGCGCAGGAAACACAUCUUAUUGCUACAGCGGCAACGCGUAUCUGGAGCUGGAGGGGUUUUCGGACGAAUCCACAGAGCGAUCUUUGGUGGUGUUCGCUGUGAUGUGCGGCGUCCUAAUACUACUCGCGGGGAUCGCCUUGGCGUGUAGAAAGUAG